AUGCUGCUUAAUAAAACGAAUUUCAUAUUGGCACUAGCCAUUCUUGGCAGCAGCUAUGCCAAGGAAGAAGAGAAAACACCCGGAGAAGAGAUGAUUGAUCGUUUAGCAGUGAACAUGGCAGGUGCAUUCGUCAAGAGUAUGUUCCCGGAGAUGGAUCGUAAACCGACCGAAGCCCCAACGCCAGCUCCAGCUGCGCCGUCUCCAUCUUCGGAAAUUCGAAGGGCUCCUAUCAAUCCAUUGAUCUCUUCACUCGAAGGCUAUUCACCUCAAUUCGCUGCAUCUGAAUACAAUGCCAUGCCACAACUUUCCCAAGCAUCUGAUACUCCAAGAAACCCAUUCAGCUAUCAAGCCAACCAACCAUCAACCUACUCGGUUAUGCCAGAGAUGUCUCAAAAUAAAAUCGGUCAAUCCACGGCUUCAGGCAUGGAGAGUUUGGGAGCUCUUGCAUUAAGCGGAAUGAGAAAUCCAGAUAUCUCUGGAAUGCUGUCCGGAGGUGGUGGCACACCAGAAGCUAUUAAUGCAGUUAGAAACCAAGCGUAUCUAGCAGAACUUUCCAAACAUCAAUCUGAACUUAAUGCCUAUAGUGCUAAGCAAAUGGAAUACCUGGACCAACAAAGAAGAUACCAACAGGCUAUGAUUGACCAUCAAGCUGGAGCAGCGCUUCUUAUGCAAAAACAACAACAGGAAAUUAUUGCCAAGCAAAUGCAGAACAUGAAGCAAUCCUAUGGAGUUGGAGAAAACGCUCCAGGAGAAUCCAAGGAUUUUGAGGAAAAUGAUAAUACUGUAGGAGGCAGGUAUCUCACCGCGCGGGCCAGAGGAGCGAAAACGAUGAAAGUGCCGACAAACAGAAAGUUGGAGGACGACGAUGUGAUUGCCAAUGACGAAUAUUUGAAGGAAUAUUUCAAGCAAAAGUACAAUAUUGAUAUUCCAGAUGAUGUCAGUCAACUUACAGCAGAUGAGAAAGCCACGCUGAGAGCUUUGAAACGCGAAUUGUCCCGUCAACAGGACAAAGUGAAAGAGAAUGGAGUUUUCAAAACUAUGGAUAGUUUGAAGGGAAAAAUGAUCAAUGAGAGAGCAUCUCCAUCAAAAAGCACAACUCCAUCUGAGGCUUGCGAUCAGUGCAUGCCAAUGAACCUGAAAAUGGUCAGAGGCGCUUGGACCCAGAUCUAUGGAAAUCCAAAAGUCGUCAACAAAGUCUUUGGAACAGUCAUGAGCCUGGAAAACAUGAAAUCGUCAACUGGCAGUAUCAAAAUGACCAACAAGAAAACCGCAUGCGUUGGAAUGGAAGUGGGAGCAGCCAGUAGUCAUCGAAAAUCGUCUAAGAUGAACUUGUUCUUCCGCGAUUCUGACGAAGGAAACGAGCUUCAUGAGGUACAGAUGCGAGGAACAGUCACUGUCAAGGAUAAUAUCAUGAGUGUGGAAACCAAUCUCUACCGUACCCAUAUGUGUCUUGUCAAAGCCGGUCCAUCGGAAUCUGAUAAGUUUGAAUAUGUGAUUCUAUCGGAAACAACUGGCAAAUACGCUUGCAAAUCGUAUCAUGUAUUCGUCAGGAAUACGGACGAGUUCAAUCGUCGACAUUUUGACGAUGUGUCCGAGUUUAUGAGAUCGCAAGCUGACGCCAUGCCUUUGGGUGCUCUCCCAAAAUCAUCUCUCUGUGAAUUGGACAGCCCAUAA